ACACCUCCAACCAGCUUCCGGUUCGCUGCCCGGUCUAAACAUGGCCUUCCCUGGAGCCCCGUCCACUUCCCCGCACUGCCCGCCGAAAUCCCUGCCUCGGGGAGGGACAACGUAACUGUCCGACUCGUGGCUCCCCGUUUCCGCAAGGAGGGUGAUAGAACGCAUUAGUUCCGCUUAUCCAGAUACUCGAAUCCCUGGUGGGCCUCCAGAAACCUAGAGGAAAUUUGGAAGUCCCUGACUGUUUCCGGGAGGAGUUGAAAUGAGGACGCUCACUUCCGGCGGAGGGAGGUAUUUUCAUCUGGGAUGGAGGAGGAGGAAGCGCCUUACUUGAAUGGGGAGACUCUGCUGCCGGCCCCGGAACCGCGCCUGGACCCGGAGUCGGGAUGGAGCCCAUUGGAAGAUUGUGCUCAGUGCCUCAAAGACCGCCCGCCUUGGGGGAGCCGGGCCAUUCUCGCUCUAAAGAGCCUUCCCCGGGGCUUGGCCGUGGGUCCCUCACUCGCUCAGGAACAGCGUUUGGGGGUCUGGUGUGUCGGGGAACCCCUACAGCCAGGACUGCACUGGGACCCUCUGGAAGAAAAGGCUGUCUCCGAGAAGGGCGAGGAAGUGAAACGACAGCAGAAGGACCUGUCACUAGACCCAUGGGGGGCAGUGUGUGCCUGUGAGCAGAGUUCAGGCUGGACCAGUUUGGUGCAGCGGGGCAGGCUGGAGAGUGAGGGAAACGUGGCCCCAGUUCAGAUCAACGAGAGGCUUCACCUGCAGGUGUACCGGGUUGUGCUGCCAGGCUUUGAACUGCUACUGUGGCCCUGGCCUCCCUCAGAUGGCCAAAGCCCCACACAGCCCAGGCUAGAGGAGGAGGCAGCUGUGGAGGUGGUGGCAGAAGAAGAGUCUGAUUUACAACAACAAGUGGCCUCCCCUGGAGAGGAUGCAGCAGACCCUUGCACAGAUCUUGGUCACCAGUCACAGCACAGCAUCCAGACAGAGAAUGUGGUGAACUCUGAGCCUAAGUCCGAAGCCCAGGAUCAGCCUUCCAAGAAUACCCAGCCUCUUGGCCCGUUGCUUCAGGAUGGCAGUGUGGAUAGUGUGGAUGAGGAGUGCCUGCUCCAGGCACAGAUGCCACCUGAAACUCAGAGCAGCUUGGCCACCCAGCAGGGCACAGAGAGCAGUGAACCUGAAUCUCAGAGAGGCUCCACUGCCCAGGUAGACUCAGAGGACUGUGAAGCCAGUUCAUUACCUUCUGCCAGGGGCACCCAGCUGCAUGCCUGCCUGGCCAAGAAGUUAUGUGGCCCCAAUGAUCAGUGCCCCCCCAGAGCAAAGACCUCAGAGCCCGGGGCCCAGCAUUUCCCUGUACUCUUAUGGAGCCCUGCUGGAAAUGCCCCAAAGCAGGGGCGACGGUACCGGUGUGGGGAGUGUGGAAAGGCAUUCCUGCAACUGUGCCAUCUAAAGAAGCACGCCUUCGUGCACACAGGCCACAAGCCCUUCCUGUGUACCGAGUGUGGCAAGAGCUACAGUUCAGAGGAAAGCUUCAAAGCCCACGUGCUGGGCCACCGUGGGGUGCGACCCUUCCCCUGUCCACAGUGUGACAAGGCCUAUGGCACCCGGCGAGACCUCAGAGAACACCAGGUGGUACAUUCUGGUGCACGGCCCUUUGCAUGUGACCAGUGUGGCAAAGCCUUCGCCCGCCGGCCCUCCCUGCGACUGCAUCGCAAGACCCACCAGGUGCCAGCUGCCCCUGCCCCAUGCCCGUGCCCUGUUUGUGGGCGGCUCCUGGCCAAUCAGGGUUCUCUGCGGAACCACAUGAGGCUCCACACAGGGGAAAAGCCCUUCCUGUGCCCACACUGUGGCCGGGCGUUCCGACAGCGGGGCAACCUGCAUGGGCACUUGCGGCUGCACACCGGGGAGCGCCCCUAUCGCUGCCCUCACUGUGCGGAUGCCUUCCCCCAGCUGCCUGAACUGCGGCGCCACCUCAUCUCCCACACUGGGGAGGCACACCUCUGCCCCGUGUGCGGAAAGGCCCUCCGAGACCCGCAUACCCUUCGUGCCCAUGAGCGCCUGCACUCAGGGGAGAGGCCCUUCCCAUGUCCCCAAUGUGGCCGUGCUUACACACUGGCCACCAAGCUGCGGCGCCACCUCAAAUCCCACCUGGCAGACAAACCCUACCGCUGUCCCACCUGUGGCAUGGGCUACACCCUCCCCCAAAGCCUCAAGCGGCACCAGCUUAGUCAUCAGCCUGGGCCACCCUCCAAUCCCCCCUCUGUGCCUCCUGCUGCUUCUGAGCCCACCAUGGUGCUCCUGCAGACUGAGCCAGAGCUCCUGGACACGCGCAGCCCAAGUGAAGCAUCUCCAACCAGGGAUGUUGUUGAGGUCACCAUUUCAGAGAGCCAGGACCCUAGCCCCAACCUGGUGCUAAUCCAUAAGGACAUGGGCUUUAGUGCCUGGGCAGAGGUAGUGGAGGUAGAGACAGGCACCUGACACGUGGGCCUUCUCACAGCUCUCCAUAAAGUCUGUAGCUCUACGCAUCUGCAUCUUCUUUCUUUUUGAGUUACCUGGUAGGAACAGAAGUCUAGGAUGGUCCUCCUGCUUAUGAACCAUUGAACUGUCCCAGGACUGCCAGGUCAAACCUCUCCUGGGUACAGAUCCUUUUUGACUCCCAGGAGAACUUGCCCCUACCUCCUCCCCCUGGAACACCAUGGAUGCUUGUUCUGUGAGCCUCACUGAAGUGACCUCAUCUCCAUCCAGUGGGACAGCCAGUAGUUGGCAGUGCUCCUAAACCACUGGCUGUUUGCCAGGGUAGUACACCCAUCAAACUCUCUUGGGGAUAAGCACUUCCAUUUGGAACCAAUUUGACUUCUGAGAGUUGGAAGAGCUCAGCUUGCAGCCCACAUCACACAUCUCUGUAGUUCAGUCUUUAGGUAAUUUUUUUGACAGCUUUUCAUACCACCUAAGCCCUAAGUUAUCAAUCUGUGCUGAAAGACAGCAAAUUCCUUGGGAGGCAGCCGGGGCCAGAUCUGUGCCCUUCUGUGUACCUAACAGCCCAGUUCAGAGAAGGAGUAAGGAAGUAAUGUGUUUUCAUCUGCUCUGGGCUUGGACUGCCCUAGGUGCUGGGGGUCCAGCUAUAAACAAGACAGAGGAAAUGCCCUUUAGAACCACCAGGUCAGGAAUGGGGGCCAGCAAUCAUAGGGUAAGAGUUCAGUGGGGGCACCACUAGGUGCUGUGGUGUGUUAAUGGGACUGACUGUUUUAGCCCAGCCUGGGGCACCAGGGUGGGCCUCCUAGUGAUAACAAGGAACACUUUGGCCUUACUGUGAACCAGUGCUUUAUGUGAGUAUUUAACCCAUGAAGCAACCCUGACAGGUAGGUAGCAUUAUUAAUCCUUGUUUUAUAGAUGAGGAAACAAGUACAAAACCCCUUAAGGAUUGUGUCCAGGAUCACAAAGCUACUAGUGUUUGAGAUUCAAAUCCACCUAGUCCUGCCAGCACUGGAGUUAGGCUCUUAACCUCUGCACUCCAGGGUCCCUUGUUCACUUGUGACCUGGAUGAGUAGGUAUUUGGAAAAGUAUAAUAAUGGGGUGAGGGGUGAAAGCUGAGGUGCAGUCCUACAGUGGGUGGUCUUAGAAGACAACUUGAGCAGAGACCUCAGCAAGCCAGGGGAGUGAGCCGAGUGGGCAUUGGGGAGCAGCUUGAAUCCUAGCAGAUAACACAGUGGAGUGAGGACUGAGGGGCCAUGUCUGCGGGGGUAGUUACUUGGGGAGAUCUGUUCACUGGGAGGUCCAAGUGACUGAAUUCAAGGAACAGGUGGAUAAGGAGAGCUGAUCCUCAAAGCUUGGGUGUGCUGUCUCCUGGGGGUGGGCCCAAGUAAACAGUUGGAAACAGGUACAAACCUGAGAAGAAAAACCUUGGAGAGGUUGGAGAGGGAGAGGCAAAUAGAAGACGUGGGAGUGGAAGAUUCAGGGAGAGGGGAGGAGAUGCAGGCCCAGGGUCAACAUGGCCCAGCCCUUUAGGUUGAGGAGAAAGGCUCAUGAGGGGAGUCUGAAAUAAGCAACCAGUAUAAGAGACACAUUUGCAAAAUGUGUCACUGCAGCUAAGGACACAGCAUUUCAAAAAGGGGGAGGUGGUCAGCAAUGCUGCUGUUGAGAGGACUGAGGUUCAUGGAAAUCACUGGGGAGCUGAGAGUAGUUGAAAGCCACAUUGAAUUGCUUGGCUUUGAGGAAGAGUGGGAAGACAAGACAGGAAGCAUAAACAUUCUUUUUGCAUGUGUUACUAGGGUUUGAACCCAGAGGCCCUUUUUGAAAAUCUUUUAAGACCUAUCCUUGCUAAGUUGCUGAGGCUGGCCUUGAACUGGGAAUCUUCCUCCUGUCUCAGCUUCCUGAGUAGCUGAGAUUACAGGUGUAAACUACUGCCCACCCCAUGGAGAAGCACAUAAAUUCUUUCAUCUCUCCAUUGUCCUACAAAAUAGGUGAUUCACAGAUAAUGAAACUGAAAAACAGUUUUUAGGCUGGGUGUGGUGGUGCAUGCCUGUAAUCCCAGCUGCUGGGGAGGCUGAGGCAGGAGGAUUUUGAGUUCAAACCAGUCUCAGCUGAAGCCCUAAGCAACUCAGUUAGACCCUGUCUCUAAAUAUAAUAUAAAAAGGGGGGGGGGGGGCUGGGGAUGUGGCUCAAGCAGUAGCAUACCCGCCUGGCAUGUGCGGGGUGCUGGGUUCAAUCCUCAGCACCACAUAAAAUAAAGAUGUUGUGUCCACCAAAAACUAAUAAAUAAAUAAGUAAAUAAAAAUUAUAAAAAAGGGCUAAUUGGGCUGGGGUUAUAGCUCAGCGGUAGAGUGCUUGCCUCAUACUUGUGAAGUACUGGGUUCAAUUCUCAGCACCACAUAAAAAAUAAAUAAAGAUAUUGUGUCCAUCUGUUUAAAAGGGGGUGGGCUAGAGAUGUGGCUCAGUGGUGAAUCACCCCUGUUGAAUCCCUGGUACAAAAAAAAAAUUAGUUUUUAGUCUUUCAACCUUGUUUCUUGGGGCUUGCCAAGUUUUUUUUUUUUUUAACAUUUUUAGUUAUGGAUGGACACAAUAUCUUUUUUAAAAUAUUUUUUAGUUGUAGGUGGACACAAUAUUUAUUUUUAAGGGGUGCUGAGGAUCAAACCUAGUGUCACACAUGCUAGGCAAGCGCUCUACCACUGAGCCACAACCCCAGUCCCCCCACAUUCUUUUCUAGCAUCAUUCAUUGUUAGGUUCAGCAGAGUGCACCUGUAAUCCCAGAAACUCAAGAGGCUACAACAGAAGAAUCGCAAGUUCAAAGCCAGCCCUGGCAACAAUGCAAAACCCUGUCUUAAAGUAAAAUUUUAAAAGGGCUGGGGAUGUAGCUUAGUAUUAGAGCAUCCCUGAGUUCAGUCCCCAGUUCUGGAGGAAAAAAAAAAAAAGAAUCACAAUGAACUCCACUAUUAUGUAUAAUUUUAAAAGUUUUUAAAAAUAUGAAUAUAAUCACAUGUCAUAUAACACAUCAAAUUAACAAAUAUUUAAUAUAAUCAAAUAUAUAAUCUACAUUGAAAUGUUAUUCUUUUUUUUUUAUUUUGGUGUUGAGAUGGGGUGUCACCAUGUUGCACAGGCAGGGCUCAAAUGAUCCCCUCAGCCUAAGUAGCCAAGACUACAUGUGCACACAGUCACAACCAGAUAUUUAAACAUUCUUGUUUAUCAAAAAAAAAAUGUCUUUUUAUAGUUUUUGUUAAAAAAUCUAAACCAAUCAUAGUAAUUCUAUUUGCUUUUGACGUUUGAUUGUUAGGUCUCAUAGACUCCUGUUAUUCUGAAUAGUCUUCCUUACCCCACCCCUUUAUUUGCAUGUCAUGAGUUUGUCAGAGAAAUGGGUCAUUUGUCCUGUUGAAUGUCCCUCAUAUGUUGAAGUCCCUAACAUAUUUAGGAUUAUGUUGGUCUCUAAUUUAUUCCUUUACCUUCUGUAUUGCCUGUAAACUUGUGAUUAAAGCUAGAGUUUUUAUUAGCUUGUGUUCAUGAUUUUAGGACAAACCUUUACAGCUAUUUCAUUAUAUCAUAUCAUGUAAUAAUGCUGCUUAUUGGCUGGGAAUGUAGCUCAGUGGUAGAGUGCUUGCCUAGCAUGCACAAGGCCCUGGGUGCAAUCCCUAAUACUGCGAGAAACAAAAACAAAUAAAUAAUGCUGUCUA